GUCCGUCACACGCUGGCGUUGAUAGCAGAGAGUCUGGAACCUCGAACGACUAGCUGAAUCUACCAGUAGCGGGAGAUAGAGUAUAGUCGUGGGGGAGGCGCUCCCAGGCGAUUCUAAUGUGCGUCGGCGACGUUUCGGUGCGCCCGUCUGGCCGGCUUGAUUGUUUCGCUGUUUCUGAGAGUCCAAGGUAUCGUGAUACGGGCGGGGACAUACUUGAUAGGUAUAAUUAGAGCUGAACCCUUUGCCAUGUAUCCGAGUUGGUGCAGGUGAGGCCUUUUUCGUUAUCGAUACGAGAUGGAGCCUUAGAGUUUCGAACUAUCGAGAAGCGAGUCGGGGGGAAGGUGCAAGGGAAACGCAAUCACUCGGAUAGACGGCUCGAGAUGAGGAAGUUAUAUAAUGAAUAAUUUACACUGCCAUUGAGGGGAUCCUAUCGUGAUUUGUUGGCCGGAGGGGAGAAGCUUGCUCUGAAACAUCUGGCAAAUGAUUCGAGUCGAGGCGACGAUAGUUCAUGAGUCAAAACUCUGUUCAACAUUUAAAUUAAACCAAGUGGAAGAGUAAAGCCUCGUGAGAUCAAUGCCGAUGGUGUUGAGUGAAACUAAGGUUCCAGUGGAGGGACCUGCCUUGGGUAUGGCCUGUAGUACUCCGUAGUUGUAAAUGAAAAAGAAGAAAAAAAAGUCUCACAGAGGCAAAUGCCAAGCACCACUAAGAAUAACCAUAAAUACUACUAUAAUCAUUCCUUGCGCCAACCAACAAUAACUCGGCCAGAAUGCAAAUAUCGCAAUACCAAUGCUGCAAUGCAAUGCAAUGCAAUGCUCUGUCAGUGGCACUCUUUAUCAGCCGUCCAAGCAAAACUACAGCAGUCAUAGACAGGACAGACAGUGACGGUUCCGGUUCCCACCACCGCGGAUCCUCUGAAAGCCACCCAAGUACUGAUACCCUUAUUUGCAUGCGGCAAUGCGGCAAACAGUAAGCAUAUCAGGAAGCCAAUUAUCCCUCCCGAGCUUAUUUCAAGCUGGGCUUGGCUCUGUCUGGCUGAGAUCCCCAGGCCCAAUGCGAGGCUUGUCCCUUGGCUGCUCUUGGCCCCAUUACCUCAGCAGGUGACGGGGGCUAGAACCCAUCAGAAGGCUUAAUUAAGCCGCUCCUGGAAAGCCCCGUGCAGGGAUUGAAAAGUCACUGAAGCUUGGCUGCUGAUCGUCUUGGCUGCCUGGACGUGAAUGGGUGAAUUGUCUACAAGCGGUCGUUGUGUGUGUGUACUGUAUCAGAUACGGUACCGGUACAUACAAUUUCACCGCUGUAUCAGAUUUCGUUGGCUAUCAAAAACAAGUCCAUCAUGUGUUAUAAUUUAAAAGACAGUCGGCCACGAAACGGAACUCUCGGCUUGUGGGAGAAGCAGCAUCAUCGUCCAACGUGCGUCCUUCUACCGCACAAAGCGCAGAAUAGGGCCGGAUGGGUCUCGUCUAGAAAUAGUUCAGGAGAGGCGGCCAUGCUCCUAAGCGAGACAUCAGUGCUUAUGUAUCAGGAUUAUGAUGAGCGGUUCUUGGCUCGCGAUGAAAUUGGCAAGACAUUUUUGUCUCUGACGGAAUAUGCCUUCUUUGAAAGAUACAUUUCAUUUAACAAAUGGCACGAUACCAAAUAAACAUAGAAAAGGUAUUUCCCGUUCCAUGUUACAGUGCUAUUGUUGCGUCCUUUGAGCCUUAUUUGGGUUUCGUCAGCCCUUGGCGGAUGAUGCGGCUUUGGAACACUCCAAAUUUUAGGCUUGGCACCAAGUGCCGUGGCCCGAGUCUAGGGGUUGUCGGGAACAGCCUCGGAUUUGUCGUGCUCUUUUGAUCAUCUGGGGUUUUUUCCCAACUCAAAAGGAGUUAACUGAGUUGGUUUGGCUUGGGUUGGGUCACGGCACAAAUUACGAUUGUCCAAGAGGCCGAGCUUCAAAGCGUCUUGGCUCGCACGAGAUAUCAGGUUUUGAUACUCCGUACUCCAUGGCAUUGCACAGACUUAAGUCCUGGUGGAUGGUGGACCAGACCUGACUUCAUUUCCUGUGCAAGUGCCAAGAUCGAUCAGUUAUUCCUCAAAAGUUCCCGGUGUCAGAGAGGGAGAGGGUCAUGUACUUUGUCGUCUUAUAGCCCGCUUGGUCUCCUCUGAUCAACUAUCAGGGAUAAUCGGUGCUGUAAAAAAAAAAAAAAAAAAAGUUCCUCGCAGGUUGAUUGCCUGUCCCAGC